ACUUCCCCUGCUCGGCACCAGUAGUUCUCCACCCAUCGGCCGAUAGAGAAGACGCAGUUCUACAGACGCCUGUCCUUCAUCUAAACAUAUGGCAAAAACAGCCUUCUUUCUUUCUUUUAUCGUUGUGCCCACUACUCUUUAAAAAUUCCGCCGAAAAAGAGAAGACGAUUUUCCAAAACAUACUGGCCGUUAUCUCACGGCUCCCCUGUCUCUGCACAGGUGUAUGAGCGCUACCCAGAGGGCCUAGGGGCGGCUCUUUACCGGGAGCACUUUGACUUCAACGCUGAGCCACCUUGGGAUCCUAGCUGAUAGCGGGACAGGUCCAUCUCCUGACUUGUCCAUUUUGUUGCAUACCGGCAGGACCCAUUGGCUCAGUCGUGACCCUUGACUUGCUUAUCUGAUCUUUAUGAUUGUCGGCCUAGCGGAAUACGGUUGAGAUGAAAGGACUCACUGACAAACCCAGCUACAUCAUUGAACUCCUAGAGGGAGGAGUGACUCUUGAAGAUGUCAUUGAUGGACACAUCUGCGAACAGACUCUGGUGGAGAAGAGAGCAUUUGUGGUGGGGGACCUUGGUGCUCUGAUGCAGCAGCAUGUAUGCUGGCAGAGCGUGGUGCCGCAGCUACAGCCCUACUAUCCAGUCAAGUGCAACAGCAGCCCUGCUGUCAUUGAGGUGCUCGCCUCUUUGGGCCUGGGCUUCGUUUGCACCAACAAGGCUGAAGUUAGCUUGGUGCUGGAGCAUGGCGUACCACCUGAAAACAUCAUCCUGUCAGGUGUUUGCAAGCAGCUAGCACACAUCAAGCAUGCUGCCAAGAAUAACAUCCAGCAUCUUGUGUGUGAGAAUGAGGCAGAGUUAUCCAAGAUUUCCCGCCUGCAUCCAAACGCAAAGUUGCUGCUGCAAUUAAGCACCAAGGCCCACGCAGCAGAGACCAGCAUGGCCUUCGGAUUCUCACUGAAGAGCUGCCGGCACUUGCUGGAAGCCGCCAAGGAGCUGGGGGUCCAGGUGGUUGGGGUGACUUUUCAAAUCCCCAGCUCCUGUCAAGACCUGGAGGAAGCCUACACCCACGCACUGUCAGACGCCCGCUGUGUGUUUGACAUGGGGGCGGAUUUGGGCUUUCACAUGAACAUCCUGGACAUUGGUGGUGGAUUUACUGGCUCAGAGUUUCAGCUCAAACAGGUUGAGUCUGCAGUCAGGCCGCUGCUGGAUGCAUACUUCAGCCCACUUUCUGGUGUUCAAGUGUUGGCCCAGCCGGGCAGCUUCUACGUGGCUUCAGCAUUCAGCCUGGCUGUCAACGUCAUUUGCAAAAAGGUGGAGACCCCCCAGUGGGACGGCCUCGCUCAAAGCCAGAACAAUGAAGAUGCAGAGUUCCUGUACCACAUGAAUGAGGGUGUUUAUGGCCCAUUCAGCCGCAAGCUGCUAGGAAACGCCAUCGCUGCCCCGUCCGUACACAAGCAUGUGCUAAGUGCUGAGGAGGCAGUGUAUCCCAGCAGUUUGUGGGGCCCAUCCCUGGACCAGCUGGACUGUGUGGUGGAGCGCUGCCUGUUACCUGAACUCAGCGUGGGGGACUGGCUUCUCUUCUCCAACAUGGGGGCAUGUGGCCUUGAGGAGUUGGGCUCCUCCCAGCUGCCCAUCUACUACACUGUCUCCAUCUGUGACUGGUACGAAAUGCAGGAGGCUGGCGUGGCUCUGGACAGUGCCAUGAAGAAUUUCUCCAUGGUCCAGUACAGUGCGUAACUACCCUCUGCCCCUGUACCAUAUUGCAUCGCACAGAUCCUCCAUAGCCCCUGCUUUCACCACGUGAGAGGAGGGGUUAGGGAGGUAUUUGGGACAGGGGCUAAAUGUGGUCAACAUUCCAGCCACCUUGGAAAAAGCAGUGUGUCCUAUUAUUUCUUCCAGGAAUUUGACAUUUUUACCUCUCAAAAUUAAAGAAAUGGUUGUUCAGUACCUCAACUGUCUAAAAUCUAAUCUGGAAGAUAUUCUUCUAGUAUUUGCUCCUCCCUCUCACGGACUCUGAAUACCUGUCAGCUAAAAGAACUCUAGCCCAAGCUCAAAUGACAUUAUGCAACAAAAUGGACGACUCUUUGGAGAUGGGACCCCUCAACAUGUUUGGGGCGGUUUUUGUUUCCUAAAUCAAAUUCAGUUUACAAAAUGUACAAUUGAUUUAAAUCAUAUUCUCUAUUGAUUACCUGUUGACAGUCUUGUAAAUCAUGUGUCUGAUCAACUCCAAUACAUUUGUCUGUAGAUGAUUUUUGAAGUGUUUUAAAGAAUCAAUGCCUCAUGUGGAUUCUGUACUGCAGACCAUUCACUUUGCAUAGUUUAAAUGAAAUUAAGACAAUGAUGUAACCUCUGUCUUUAUUGCAGCUCACCUCAAUGCAUUUUUAUUUAUUGGAUUCUGAUAUUACUGGGGCAUAUUUAAAGCUCCACCUUUAAGUGUGUUUUGCCCAGGUGUUAUGCUGUGGCCCAUCUAACAGUGUUUUCCUGAUAAGAUAUUGAUGUGUUUUUUAACGCUACAUGGAUUACGUGUGCUGUGAUUUCCAUUUGUGACCUCAGUGGUUUCCCUUUACUCGAAAGGCAUGUUACACCUCGAUGCACUCCUUGCCUCUGAUAGAGAGCGGUCAAUCUGGUUCAAAAUGCACCCAAUCUUUUUGUAGGUUAAAAGAAUACUAUAACAAUAACAUAGCCCUUAUUUUUCAGAUCCCUGCCAUCCUUGUUCAGGGAUCUGAAAAGUCAAAACAGAAGCAAUUUCUAAAACUGGGCCAAGCAGACAUGAUUUGUACGUGGCUCUUGUGGAUGUUUAUGUUUGUAGUUCUCAAAUGAAAGACCUGCUAGUCAUACACAGACCUCUCUGAGGCAGUGCAUAACAUAAAGCCAGACCUUUCCUCAUGCCUCUCUGAAGUAAUGAGGGAAAUAAUGCACAGUCUCAUGUACAGCUAAAUGUCUCAUGUUUAAUAAUAUUAAAGGUGACCUGACUUAACUGCAGUUUUUGAAGAAUCCUGCCCUCGUGUGUUACAAUUAAAUAAUGUAUUGAUUACUUGCUUGUCUAAGGCACUAAUGGACCAUAGCCUGUUUUUGACUGUAAAUUGUGCUUGUUAAAGUAAUGAAAGUGAUUAAUUUAAUACAUUUCUGACUGAAAUCAUAA